AUGAAUAAGUAUUUUGUUUCUCAAGAUUCGAAGCAUAUUGACCAAGAUCUGAUUGAGAAGAAAAGGUUGCUGGAGAUUGCAAAGUUUCAAUCUUCGACCAAAAAUAACAACAAUAAUAAUAAUAUUCAUAAUAAUAACAACAAUCUCAAACACCACAACAUCCAAUCGAGUUCUGAUUUCAAAUCUAAUAGUAACUCUGAUAACAAUAUCCGACCGACGCUUGAAAACAACAACAGCAACAACAACAAUGUUUCAAACAAACAAUCGAACAUCAACAGCAAAAACAUCAACAACAACAAUAGCGUUAGUAGUAAUAACGUUGAUAUUGACGAUUCAGCUAUUGAUACUAAUAGCAAUAAUAAUAAUAAUAAUAAUAGUCAGAAAAAACUGAGAGAUAGAUCGAACAACAACACUAAACAAUACGACGACAUCAAUUUCUGGAUCGGCCUCAUCAAUGACUUCAACAACUGCAACAACUUCAGCAUCAGCCUCAAUCGCAGCGCCAGCAACAGCCACUGCAACUGCUGCUAA